AUGAAAGUAUCAAGCUGCUUGUGUCAAGCUUCACGGAAAUUUUGUUUGUUUAUAUGUAUUAUUUACAUUACACCAGAUUGUUUGCCGUUUUAAGUAUGAGAUUAUAACUAGUAUCGAAUAAUUUUUUUUUACUGUGUAGACCAUUUUUUGUUUUGAAUAUAAAAAUUUUUUGUGUUUAAAGCAUGGGAUCAAACGAAUUGAAAUCAUGUAUUUUAUCUCAACUUAAAAGAAGAAAUUUCAAAGAACACAGUUUCCAAGAACUCAUUCAGUACAGUAAUAAGUUAUUGGAAUCCUUAGAUUAUUUGAAAAAAGAGACUCGAAAAAUACAAACAGAGUCCAUUCCUCUUGAAAGUUUGCGCCACCCAGAAGGUUCUAAGUUAGAGGAUUCAAAUUUACUUGCAAAGUACCACGGCUUACAAGAGGAACUGAAACAAUGCCAUAUUAAAAUUUCUGAGUUUGCGCAGCAAGUUUUAGAAUUAAAAAAUGUGGUGGACGAAAAAAAUAGUUUGCUAUGUAAGCUAAAUAAUGAAUUAGAAAAUACUCGAACAGAGCUUAAAACUAGCAAUGAAAUUAAUGAAAAGUAUCUAAGGCAACUGACAAAUAUGAAAUCUGUUUUACAAGACAAAAUUGAUGAAUUCGAUGCCUUGAAUAUCACAUUUUCGAGUGUUGAAAAUAAAAACAACGAUUUGGAAAUAGAAAUGAAAAAGUUAAAAGAAGAAAUUCUGUCACUGAAGAGUCUUGGUAGAAGUUCUGGUAGUUCUGAAAGCCUUAGAUCAGCUUCUAUUACGUCUGCCUUGAUGUCUGCAGCAAACGAUAUUAGUGUUGGUAAAUCAGCUAGAAACGAAGCAGCUGAAAAAAGAGAAUCUUCAUCACCAAAGUCAAAACCUAGACAACAUUUUACUUCAACAUUGCCUUCAAAAGUAAAGCACGAUUUAAUCGCGCACGACAGCGAAGUAAACGCUGUUGUAUGGUUGCCAAAAAUGUCGUGUUUUUUAACUGGUGGAUCAGAUCGCAAGGUUAAGUUUUGGGAAAUGUGCGAUAGUGGCAUCGAAUUGCGAGAAAAUAUUCGUGGCUGUAAUUCUUCCAUUCUUUCCAUUGAUGUUGAUCCAGAAGCAAAUUUAUUGUUAUGCGCAUCUUCUGAUUUUGCUAGUCGUGUAUGGACAAUGUGGGAUUUCAUGAUACGGCAUACUUUAACUGGACACAGUGGUAAAGUUACUUCUUCGAAAUUUAUGAGUGAAACUAACAGAAUUGUAUCUGGCAGCUCUGAUCAGACGUUAAAAUUAUGGGACUUGCGUCAAAGAGUUUGUAUUGUGACCUACGGCACUAAUGCUCCUGUAAAUGACGUAAUAAGCAGACCCAGCAAUUUUGUGAUUAGUGGUCACACGGACAAGAAAAUACGCGUUUGGGAUCCUCGUGUUGGAAAUGAGAUUACUCACCUAGCAUGUUCGAAAGCUGUGACGUCUUUGGAUUUAUCCAGAAAUGGCUAUCUACUUCUAGCUUCAGAGCGUGGCGAAUGCUUGAAACUAUUCGAUUUAAGAGUUUUUAAAGAGACUUUUUCUUUGCAAGAACCUGGUUUUGAGAUUGCCUGCGAUUUAACUCGCGCUAAAUUCAGCCCUGAUUACAAAUAUUGUUGUUGCGGUUCUAAGAACGGUUCUAUUUAUUUGUGGAAUGUGGCAUCUGGUAAACUUGAAAAACAAUUAAAAGGUCAUAACUCUAGUGUAACAUCAUGCUGUUGGAGUUCUUGUGGCUCAUAUUUAGCAAGCUGUGAUAAAAAUCGACAUUGCCUUAUAUGGAGCUGAUAAAUGAAUAUUUUUAGUUAAAAAUUAUGCCUGAAUGUUAAUUUUCAUUUCUUAAUGUAUAUUCUGAUUGCAAUUUGUACAUUUUAUUUAAUAACUAAAUGCAUUGCAAUAAAAAACUACACCUUUCUUUAA